UGAGCAUUGUUGUUUUCUGAGAGCUGAUUGAAAAUGAUCGCAUCAUUGCGGCGGAGCACGCCAGGGCCGCGCGUUCUAUACUGGCCCGGCCGAUCAAUGCGGUGUCCUAGCUGCUGUUCCACUUCACGCUGGGAUGAAAACACACACACGCACUGCUGCCGUGGAGCAUCAUAGUGCAACUGAAGGUCAGAGAUGAAUCGAGUUUGUACACUAGUGCGCCAUCUUUUUUUUUUUAAGCUCGAUGACAUGUGCAACAGUGCACAGCCUUCCUCGAAUUUGGUCAUUUACUUGGAAAUGUUCCCUCAUGCUUUCUGGCCAACAAUAAGUCCGGGUCGCCUUUUGUUUUUGUGUUGUUGGUGGAAACAAGUAGACGUGAAGCUCCAAGCUUGCACAACAUUGAUCGUGUCACGCGGAGGAGUGCAGUCAGCAGCUUGUGGCGACAAAGUGAAACUAAGAGACAAAGUGGAAUUUUGGCCACUGGGAGAGCGUAAGAAGCCAAUGACCGUCACGAGAUAAAAUAAAGCCCGAUUGCGUCAUAGCCGCGGCAAGUUGUGCGCUGAGACUUCCCUCUGUCUCCAUGAACCUUAAUGACCUCCCAGCAUCACCUCAUGAAAAGCGCCUUUGUCCGUGUUCCUGGAUGCAAAAGUUCUCACAGUUCUUUUGAGGCCCAGCCAAACCUUUGCUGGAAACGUGCUUGAUGCAAAAGUCCGCUUCGUUAUCAGAACAAUAUUUGGAAUGGAUUACAAAUUCCAGGCCUUCUUACGGUGCAGGCCCCACCUCUUGCAAACCUCCAGUGGGCCCUCCCCUCCGCUUCUAGUUCCUCAGUCCGUUUCUGAGAGCAAGCAGUCUUCCAUCACGUCGAUUCAACGAGAUGAUGGCAUUUAAGGACUUUGGGCCGUGCUAAUCGAAAAGGGCAGCCGUGGAUCUGUUUCAAGAUCGACCCAAAGCGGCCUCCCUGCCGGGCCGCUCCGGCGUCCCGACGAGCGGUCGGCUCCAGAGGCGGAUGGGGGUGUGCAAGGUGGACGACUUCAGCUUUGAUAGCUUCGAUCUGCUCUACGCCGGAGCGGUCGAUAGGUUGAAGAGCCACAAAAAGGAGGAGUUGAGGAAGCUGCGCGAGGAGACCAAUGUGGACUCCCUGCGGCAGGAGCUGGAGAGGGAGCGAAGCAAGCGCCUCGACCUGGAGCAGAAGAUGGGCGACGUGCUUAAGUCCAGGCUGGAGGAUUCCCCGCCGCAACCUCCUAGAAAACAACAGUCACCAUCUAAUAAUGAAACAGCGGACAAGCAGCAGCAGCAGAAGGAAGUGUGGAGCUCGCGGCUGCAGAAAUGGUUGUACGAGCGCUUGGGCGUCUACAUAGAAGAUUUCCGCUUCCAACCCGAGGAGAGCACCGUGGAGGCCGAGGAACCGCUAAGUGCUAAAAGGUUGACAGAAAACAUGAGGCGACUCAAGCGAGGAGCUCGGCCUGUCACCAACUUCUUAAGGAACCUCUCGGCCUUAUCCAAUUGGCACUCUGUCUACACCUCAGCUAUCGCCUUCAUUAUCUACAUGAAUGCUGCUUGGCAUGGCUGGGCCUUCCCCAUGUUCCUCUUCCUGGCCAUUUUGCGCUUGUCCUUAAAUUACCUCAUCGCUAGAGGUUGGAGGAUACAGUGGAGCAUUGUGCCUGAGGUCUCUGAACCCAUGGAUCCCCCAAAGGAAGACCUGACCGUGUCCGAGAAGUUUCAGCUGGUCCUUGACGUUGCGCAAAAAGCACAGAACCUUUUUGGGAAGAUGGCGGACGUUUUAGAGAAGAUAAAAAACCUUUUCAUGUGGGUGCAGCCAGAGAGCACCCGCAAAUUGUACAUCUGCCUGUGGGUGGCUUUCAUCACCUCCUGCGUGCUGCCGUACAAACUCAUGGGCUUCAUGAUGGGCCUCUACGCCGGCAUCAAGUUCUUCAUCAUAGACUUCCUGUUCAAGAGCUGCCCCAAGCUGCGCGACAAGUACGACACGCCGUACAUCGUGUGGAACAGCCUCCCCACCGACCCCCAGCUCAAGGAGAGGACCAACGCCACAGUGUCUCGAAGGGUGCAGCCCGUGGCUUCCCGAGGCAGCUUGGCCGCGGUGCCGUGCGGCGUGAACCGCGAGGACGAUGCCGGCCGCUCCCACAGCACCAAGAAGGGCGCCUUCCAUGAGGUCUUCAACCUGUCUGAGUCAGAGCGCCCCCUGCCAGUGUGCGAGAACGGCUGGAGGUGUUGCCUGAUAAACCGAGACCGAAAAAUGCCCACCGACUACAUCAGGAACGGGAUGCUGUACGUCACAGAGAAUUACUUGUGCUUUGAGAGCUCCAGUUCCAGGUCGGGCUCCUCCAAGAAGAAUAAAGUCAUCAAACUGGUGGACAUUACUGACAUACAAAAGUACAAGGUGCUUUCUGUCCUACCAGGAAGUGGAAUGGGCAUCUCAAUCGCAACUCCUUCCACUCAGAAGCCGCUGGUGUUCGGCGCCAUGAUCCACAGAGAUGAGGCCUUCGAGGCCAUCUUCACGCAGUACACCAAGGUGAUCACCACCAGCAAGCCGCCGGCAGCCGCUGCCGCCGCCUCUGCUGAAAUUUAGACGCCUACCGUCGAAGCUGCGACUGCCAUCCCACUUCUUCCUGGGCGCAUUUGUUUUUUUUAUUUAACACAAUGCUAGCGAGGGGAGGCUGGUCCUCCCCGGUCAACUGACUGCGUCCCUCGGUGUCGUUCCUCUUGUGUGGUGCGUGUUGCAUGUGUGACAAAAUCGUUUUUUUGGUUUUAAAUCCUCUUCCAGCGAUGUGAGUCUUCACUAUCAUGACUGGAGCUUUAAGGAAAAAUUCUCAACUGACCAUUUCUGGAGCGUUUUAUCUGAUCUCAAGUGUGUACCGUACAAAGCCUUUGUCUUAGUUCACGGUCGCUUUGCAUUGGUGUUUUUGUGUAAAUGUCAAACUACUUUGUCGCUUUUUUUUUUUUUUUUUUUUUGGUCCAGAUAUGCCUUUUCUUACCCGUUUGGACUGAUGACUGACUGAGCACAACAGAGAACAUCUCAUUUCAGCACAACGUGGUACUAAAUAGGCUCUUAUUCCAUUGACUGCUAGUUUCUCCCUGCACUUUAUUAUGACAGUCAUUCAACUGGACAUUUUCAAUGUGGUGAUUGAACAGCAGAGAAAUUGUGAUUUUUGUGUAAGAGUCAAGCUGGUCUUAACUCCUCCGAGGUGUGGAAAUGUACUGCCAAACUCAACUUGGCUUCUGUUGAGUGUUUUGAGGUCAUUAGUCCCCUCCAGAUUCAGACACACACACACAAAAAAAGCCUUGACAUUUGAAUAUUUAUGAUGCUAAGUCAUGGCUAAACCCCAAGGUUCCACAUAAAAGGACAUUCAAAAAUGUCAAGGUUGCACAAAUCAUUUUGGAAAUGAGCAAACUGGAUAUGACAUUGCCAUACAUGCAAUUGACCGGUUCGUACAGUGACAUUUUUUUUUUUUUAUUAUUGGUUUUUGUCUUGUUAGCACGAUGUGAUUGGAUGUCGUCUUAAAAGCUUUCUACCAGAAGCCUUUUUGUUGUUGGUUUCAUACGAGAAGCACAGAAUGUAUCAUGUUGUUUUAUUUCUUUUUUUAAUUAUUAUUUUUUUUUUUUUUGCCAAAUGUUUUAUCUGCCAUGUUCUGCCUAAGCUCAUGUUUACACUAGCUUGUAAAUUAUUUUGAUUUCUUUUUGUUUGCAGUUUGAAUUCCUUUGCCGUUUUGGGAGUUUUGACAACUGCUGUAGUUUAAUUCUCGUUCGAUCACGUGAUUUGCUUUUUAACCAAUAGGAAGCCAGGAAGUAAUUACCGCUCAACGCCGUGUUUUUUUUUUUUCUUACUAGUGCGAUUCGACAUUUUUACGUGAUUUUUAUUUGAAAUAUCCUUUACUUAAUGACUCACUGAAACACUGUGAGCUAUUUUUGAAGUAACAAAAAAGUCAUUUGCGCUCAUAAUUAUUCUAGGCACUUUAGACCGAAACGCAUCGACAGGCUCCAAAGCCUUUGGGAGACGCCACGCUUGGUGGCAAAUGGCCUCAAUGUGACUCAAAAGGUAAAAUUAAAUCUCAGUUCUGUUUUAUGGAGCUGAAAUGAUACUGUCUGGUGUACUAUAAAGUGCAAGGCAGACGUUCAUUUACACGACUACCUUCAUUUCCUUGUUUUUGACUCGCUAUCGUGGUUUGUUGAAUUUGGAUACAAAUGUACAGUGAAGUCAAUUAAAACCGCUGGGUUUUCAAAAAAAAAACAUACGUUUAUUGUAACGCAUAAUGUGAUGUACAUUUUUUUAAGUAAACGGAUUUAAGGUA